AUGCAGCUCCUCAUCCCCGCCAUUCUCGCCAGCUUUCCCGCUGUAGUCAUGGCUGACUGGCACCUGUAUUACAUCAACUGCGGCUCCCCUCAGGGCGGCGGUAACGGCGAGGGGAAUCCACAGAUCCCACCAUUCGAAGUCGCCGCUCGCUACGGGACUGCUUGUGAGGAAGGAUGCGCGGUGACUGGAACCGUCGGCCAAAACUCGUUCUCUUCUGGCAAUCCUUGCAACUGCGACGAGACCCUCAACUACGAAUGGGACGAGGCGAGCGGCGAGCUGCGCGCCUUCCAGCCCAACGGCGAGCGCGUCGCACACUGCAACGCGAUCGAGGCCGAAAUGUCGUCGUGCAGCUUUGGCGACCUGGGCGGGCUCGCCUGCGUGGUCAGCCGCCGCUGGAACUGCUACAGCUCUUACUGCAGCUGA